CGGGAGGCAGUAUCAUUGUGCUGGCAGCGACACUCGGAGACUCCCAACAAAUUGUUUUAAAAAAUUGUCAGAAAACGAACCAUGGAGGAGCUGGACCUGAGUCUGAGUGAUGCUCUGACGGACAGCGUCCCCCAGGAGGGUCCAGAGGGCCUGGUGGAGAGAGACUUUGUGGCCCAGCUGGAGUCUGAGGCCUUCGAUGACCAGGUGGGCGAGACGGUGGGCAAGACAGGCUACAUCCCCCUGCUGGACAAUGAUGGGACCAGGGCAGGUUCUAAAGUGACACCGGGGGGACAGAUAUCAGCUUCGCGCCCAGAACCACAGGGGGAAGUGCGUCCCAACUCGGCAGAGCACCAGGUCUUUGCAGCAACAGAGUUCCUCUCAGGCUCCAUGGCGGGCGUCCCUGAUCAGUGGAGCUCCCAGCCCAACAACCCGCCCCAGAUGAUGGAUAGUGGACUGAUAGGAGAUUCCUCAGGUUUCUCCCAGCCUGCCAUGGGGGUGAAUAUGGACAUGGGGAUGGCUCUACUAUCGGCAGAGAGGCCUCCCAGCAUCGCUGAGCACCAGAAGCCCAAGGACAUGUCUGCAGGUGCCCUGGGCGAUGGCUGGACAGACAAGGCUUGCAUUCCCACCGACCUGCCGUUCACCCCAAGCUGCUCCACAAUGAUCAGUCACCAUGCAAGCCACCUGGCGGCCAGCCCCGAGGACCUUCCUGACUGUGGCCGGCCCCACCGAGAGGCCUUGGCCAUGGGGGAGGAGAUGGAGAGCAACGAGGGAAAUGACUGCAAACAACAACAACAGCAGAAGAAGAAGAAGAAGAGGAGGCCCCGAGACGAGGUGUACGACAGGGGCCAACCGGAGACUCAGGCUGAGAACACAAUCCCGUCAGAGGGCCACCACAGGGUCUCCCCCCGCAAGGACAGGGACAGGAUGGUGGGGGGCUGGGAGCAGGAAGAGCCAGGGAGAAGUGGAGGCAGGGGAAAGAGGGGCAAGAGCAGGAAGAAGCUUCCAGAAGAGUGGGGGUUUACAGCCGAGCCCUUCGUGCCCUCCUCUGCCACUCACCUCCCUGAGGGGGUGUUAGACCAACUAGCGCCCCCCAUCGCCCACCCCCAGCCCCUGGAGAACCCCUACUCUAGCAUGGGUAACAUGGGGCUGAUCCCUGCCAGUGAGGACCUCUUCCCUCCAUCUCUCACCCAGAAUCUGCUCCCUCUCAUGGCCCCCACCAGUCAGGGAGACUUCUCGCCCAGAGGCACCUUCCCCAUGGCCACGUGUCCUGGAGACACAUUCACCGCCAGCUACCAAUACCUGCUUAUGGAUACAGAGACUGCCAGCCUGGGUAAUGACAAAGAGGCUUUCUCCCCAACUUUUUCCCUAGAUUCCCCAGUUCAUGAGUCAGGGGUCAAAGUGAUGUUUGAUCAUGACACCUCAAUGCAGGAUGUCCAUAUUGAAGAUGCCAUGAGUUUUAGCCCCACCCACCAACAAGAUCGUGGCCUAUCACCAUUGGAGAAGCCUAGUGAGCUCACAGCGACCGCACCCCCUUUCUCCCCCUCCGACAGCUCCUGGCUCAUCAACGACUACCACUUCAACAACAACAACAACUGCUUUGAGUUCAGUGACAUCACUCCAGCGUGCUACCUACCUGUGGGCCUGGCAUUCGACACACCCAGCCCAGUCCCGCUCCGCUGCCCCAAAACCAUGCCUGAAUUCUACCCCAGGGGGGGCAAAAAGGCCAAAUCCCCAUCACAGAAGAUACCAAAGAAGUCCCGCUCCUCCUCCUCCUCUUCCACCAAAAGCCCCACCUCACCAGGUUCCGGUCUGAACCCCACCGCCCAGUCCUUCUUCCCCUGCUUCGCCAACCCCACAGAGCCCCUCACCGUGGUGGUGGCCCCAAUGUCAGAAGUAAAAUCCAAUAAGAUGGACAAACCAGAGAAAGAGGAGAAGAUGGACAACUUCGAGAAGUUGGACCAAUUUAAGAUGCUCGAUAAGCUAGACAAAGUGGAGAAGAAGGAUACGACUGCGAAGACUGAAGCGUCAGUGAAGGUGGAGUACGCAGACCCACUGGACAAAGAAGAGAAGAUAAAUAAAAUGGACAAGGCAGAGAAAACAGAAAAGCUGGAGCCAACAGAUAAGGCAGAAAACACAGAUGAGGAAGAAAAAUCUGAGAAGAUGGAUAAAAUGGACAAGGACAAGAAGACUGACAAGGUAGAGAAGAUGGACAAGGUGCAAAAGACCGACAAAGAAGAAAAAACUGAGAAGAUGGAUAAGGACGAGAAGACUGACAAGGUAGAGAAGAUGGAUAAGGUGGAAACACCUGAGAAGACAGAACAGAAAGAACAGAGUAUUGAAAAAGUGGAGAAGACCCCAGAAAAACAGGAGACAUCAGUGAAGUCGAACACAUUUGACAAGAUGGAAACACAGUCUGACAAGGAGAAGACAGCCCAUGCUGGAAAGGUAACAGUAACAGCUGAGAAAGAAACAGACAGAGAAGAGAAGCCCACAGACAAGGUGGAGGAGGAGGAGAAGACAGAGAAAACAGACAAGGUGGAGGAGGAGAAGAAGAAGACAGAACAAGGUGGAGGAGGAGGAGAAGAAGAAGACAGAGAAAACAGACAAGGUGGAGGAGGACAAGAAGAAGACAGAUAA